GUCCUCCCUCUUCUACCCCCCUCUCUUUCUUCCUCCUUUCUGCAAAACUUCGAGAUUAGCGAAAAAAUCGCAUUAAUCCAAGUAAAUUCGAAGGAUUAGGGCAGAACAAGGGAGACAGAGAGGGAGCGAGCUACACAAUCGUUAUAUCUUUUGGCUGUUUUCCAUCCUCCUAAUAUUCUCUUCGUCGAGCCGUCGGCCUUGUUAAGCACUUCACAUUCGUAAUUUUCUUGGGCAAUUUACCUUGAAAUUUUGCUGUUUUCCUACGCAAGGAAUCUCAUUUUCUCUUGUAUUUGUUUUCCGAUGUACAGAAAGCGAGUUAUUUGAUGGUGCAUUGUUCUUUCCUGUCCUGGAGUCUUGCUUUGCUUGUUUAUUCUCUAUUACUUCGAACUGGGCUGCAGAUUUUGCGUUAGGGUUUCUGUUCGAGGUUUAUGAUUGGAAUUCAAGGCGAGCGUGAUGUUUACUGAAGAACUUGAACCCAACGCACUUCGAUGGGUCCGGGAGCAGAGGACCGAUCCCCUUCACGGCCUUCGAAAUGGCGGUCGGGGGCUUGGAAUUCCGCCGCCGGAAAAAUUCCGCAGCGGCCAUCUGCCCCGCACUGCAGUACCUCUAUCUCGCACCAUGCCAGUAGAUGAAUACAGCGAAUUAGGAUCGGAUAUGGACGUUUCAUCGGGCACUGAAGAAGAUAUCUAUGGUGGCAAGUAUUCACCGGAGUCUUCUCCACCUCAAAAUGGUAUUGGUCAUGGGAGGAUUCCUAAUGGACGCAGCGGAAUUGUUCGGCAGCAUCCUUACUAUAGUGAUGGUUAUUCGGACUUCAGCUCAUCGGUGGAAGGUGUGCGGCAACCGGCGAGGCAGCAGUGGAAGCAGGGGAGCUUGAGUGGCUACACAGUGGAGGGCGAAGAGGGAAGCUCGGGCUUUAGUGGGCUGGUGGGAAGAGGGGAAUUUACUGGUGUUAGCGAGAAUGCAAGAGGAAGGUACACUGAAGAAAGCUACUUAAGUAAGGGUCGUUUUCAAAACAAUACAUCAGCUUCAGCUGCCAAGGGGCGUCCUGCUGAUGUCCCAAGUGCACCACCGUUUUCUCAUGAUGAAAUCAAACAACCUGUUGAUUCUGUAAGCAGUUCGAUGGCAUGUGAUACUCCAUGCAAGACAGGUUUUAAUGAUUAUUCUGGUAAAGUUGGUAUUAAUUCACAGGCAAAUUCAGGAAGCAAAAAAACCAACCUCAGCUCUAGUUCAGUUGGUAUUGAGGCGUCGACACCUUCGAAGAUUUUGCCGUUGAAAGUCCCCACAUUUCAUGCAUGUGGACAAGGGCCCUGGCAUUCUGUAAUUGCAUAUGAUGCUUGUGUUCGUCUGUGCCUUCAUUCAUGGGCACGUGGUUGCAUGGAAGCUCCAAUUUUCUUGGAAAAUGAAUGUUCUCUUUUGCGAAAUGGGUUUAAUUUGCAGCAUAUAUUGUUGCAAUCAGAGGAAGAACUCCUGGAAAAGCGUUCUUCAGAACUUCUUGAAGGAGCUGCAGUAAAGCCGAAAAAAAUUAUUGGAAAGAUGAAAGUUCAAGCCCGAAAGGUCAGAAUGACUCUGGACAGGCCUUCCGGCUGCAAUUAUAUGUCAUUGAGGAGUCCAACAGUGAAACUGGAAACUUUCCGUUAUCGCAUGUUAAAUUUUCAGUCGACUGUAUCAUCAGGAUGGGAGUCACUUCGAAAAGUUCGAGUCAUACCUCAUCUACCUGCUGAUAGUUCUUUUUCCAAGCAAAGCCUAGCAUAUAUGCAAGCUAGCACUCAAUACAUCAAGCAGGUUUCUGCACUUCUAAAAACUGGAAUGAGUUCUCUCCGCAGUGCUUCUUCCUAUGAAGUUGCGACAGCAGAAUCAUAUUCUUGCCUUUUGAGAUUGAAAAGCUUAGCUGAUGAGGACAGGGUUCGAAUGCAAGUUGGUUCUGGUGAAACACAUGUUUUCUUCCCUGACAGUAUGGGGGAUGAUCUGAUUGUUGAAGUUCAUGAUUCUAAAGGGAAGAAUCUUGGAAGGGUUGUUGUUCAAUUGGCUAUCAUUGCAGAGGACGUGAGCAACAAAGUUCGGUGGUGGUCUAUUUUUAGAGAACCAGAGCAUGAACUUGUCGGACGCAUACAGCUUUAUGUAAAUUACUUGACCACUGCAGAUGAAAGUAGUUCUCUGAAGUGUGGUUCUGUUGCAGAGACGGUGGCAUAUGACAUCGUUUUGGAAGUUGCAAUGAAAGCCGAACGGUUUCAGCAACGCAAUCUACUUUUGCAUGGACCAUGGAAAUGGUUACUUACAGAGUUUGCUUCCUAUUAUGGUGUUUCAGAUGCAUACACAAGAUUAAGAUAUCUGUCGUACAUAAUGGAUGUAGCAACUCCUACGGCAGACUGUCUGACCUUGGUGCAUGAUCUUCUUGCACCUGUACUGUUGAAGAAUGGCGUUACAAAAGCUUUGAGUCAUCAAGAGAACCGUAUUCUUGGAGAAGUUGAGGAGCAAAUUGAGGUAAUUUUAGCCACGGUUUUUGAAAAUUACAAGUCACUAGACGAGUCAUCGCCUUCUGGAUUAGUGGAAGUUUUCCGGCCUUCUACUGGCACAGCAGCUGCAGCUUUGGUGCCUGCUGUAAAUCUUUACAAGCUUUUGCAUGAUAUAUUGUCGCCAGAGGCACAAUUAAAAUUAUGCAGCUAUUUUCAGGUUGCUGCAAAGAAGAGAUCGAGGAGGCACCUAGCGGAAACUGAUGAGUUUAUUGGAAAUGGCACUGCUAGCACUAAUGGGGGAACUACCAUGGAAGCUCUGACUCUAACUACUGCCUAUGAAAAGAUGAAAACUUUAUGCUUAAACAUAAGGAAUGAAAUAUUUACAGAUAUUGAGAUCCAUGAUCAACAUGUGCUCCCUAGUUUUGUAGACCUUAGCAAUAUAUCAGCAUCAAUUUACAGCGUGGAGCUUUCUAAACGAUUGCGUGAAUUUCUUAUUGCAUUUCCUCCAAGUGGUCCUACACCACAUGUGGCUGAACUUGUAAUUGCUACGGCUGAUUUUCAGAAGGAUCUCAUUAACUGGAAUAUGUCUCAUGUUAAGGAUGGUGUUGAUGCAAAAGAACUCUUUCACCUCUACAUUAUAUUCUGGAUUCAAGAUAAACGCCUACAAUUGCUGGAUUCUUGCAAGCUAGACAAGGUGAAGUGGUCUGGUGUUAGAACGCAACAUAUGACAACUCCAUUUGUCGAUGGCAUGUAUGAUCUACUGAGAGAAACCCUCAACGAGUACGAAGUUAUCAUCUGUCGUUGGCCAGAAUACACUGCAGUUCUUGAAAAUGCAAUUGCAGAUGUUGAGAAAGCUGUUAUUGAGGCUUUAGAGAGGCAAUAUGGCGAUGUUUUGACUCCCUUGAAGGAUGCCUUGGCACCUAAGAAAUUUGGCAUCAAAUAUGUACAGAAGCUGGCUUCACGCAGCAAUGCGGGCCCCUACACCGUCCCCGAUGAACUUGGAGUUCUGUUGAAUACCAUGAAAAGGUUGCUUGAUGUUUUGCUACCGAAGGUGGAAGUUCAGUUUAAAUCUUGGGCAUCUUACAUGCCUGAUGGUGGAAAUACAUCUGUUGGCGAGCACCUCAAUGAAGUUAUGGUGUCUCUUAGAUCAAAGUUUAGAAACUACAUGCAAGCAGUCAUUGAAAAGCUUGUGGAGAAUAGUCGUGCACAAAGCACAACAAAAUUGAAGAAGAUUAUUCAGGAUACAAGAGACGUUAUGGUUGAAUCUGACAUCAGGAACAGAAUGCAACCUCUGAAGGAUCAACUCAUAGAAACAAUAAAUCAUCUUCAUACUAUUUUGGAAGUCCAUGUCUUUGUAUCAUUAUGCAGAUGCUUCUGGGAUAGGAUGGGGCAGGAUGUCCUAAAUUUCUUAGAAGAUCGGAAAGAGAACAGAUCUUGGUACAAAAGUGCUAGAGUAACUGUCGCUAUUUUGGACGACACAUUUGCAUCACAGAUGCAACAACUGCUUGGAAACGCACUGCAAACAAAGGAUUUGGAGCCUCCAAGGUCAAUCAUGGAAGUGCGUUCAGUUCUCUGCAAGGAUGCAUCAACUCAUAAGGAUUCAAAUUUCUAUUACUAGAAUUGUUGAAUUACAUGAACAUUUAAUACUGAAUGGGUGACCUUGCUGCGCUAUUCAGCAUCAAAUUCUGAAGUCUCAUUCAAAGCUUCUAUUGUAGAAUGACCUUCAUUUUUGAUUGAUGGAGGGGAGCUGGAGAGGUGUAUAGAUGGAAAAAAUUGUUUUUUUGUAGAGUUUAUCAUAUGGGAAGGUUAUUUUAAGUUAAGAAUGACACUGAAGGAUCCAUCCAGGUCUGCUCAAGGCUCAAUCGAGUAUCUAGGAAGAAAAAUGACGAAGGGACUAUUCAUCCAAGCUAAGCUCAGUGGCUGCUUCAGAUUUCCAAGGUUGUAGAUAAGAUGAUGAGAAGUUUUGACAGGAGGAUUUCAAUUAUAUUUGUACCAGUAAAGGCUGUAGUUUUGAAUAGGUUCAAGGUUCAGUUCAGACUUAUCUAUAUAAGGUUGGUAUUUCUGAUACUACAUGUAAUAACUACCGUUAUUUGUUUGACAUUAAUAGAAGCAUCGUCUCUUUUGAUGACUGU